AUGGCGUACAAUCCCUACGGAGCAUCGCCAUAUGGUCGACCUCCAGGAUUCGGGGCCUUCCCAGGCCAACCGGGGGCACCACCGGGCAUGGGUCCUCCCCCAGGAAUGGGCGCACCACCAGGCAUGUCAGCGCCAGGUACAGCUCCUCCUCCUGGCGUCCAACAAGCCAACAGCAUACAAUCUAGUCGACCCAGUGGGCUCCCAGCCAGCUUUCAAGGUCCUCCAAACAUGCCGAAUAUCAACUUCUCCGCACCCGUUAUACGAUUAGGCACCGGCCCCUCGAAACCCUCUACCCCGGUCUCUGCAGGAGGGAGGAGAGAGAGUACCGAUCCAAUGUCUGCGGGAGGAAGAGCGGGGCUGGGAAUGGAGAGGGGAAUGGAAGCGCAAAGGCAGGCGUUGAGAGAGAGCAUGAUGUCCUUUGUACCGCCUACGAAGGAGGAGAUAGUGCGAACCAUAUUCGUUGGUGGGAUUACAGAGGGUGCAGGCGGGGAUGAAGGCAUUGAGCGGGUCUUGAGCACUGCUGGACGAUUACGCAGAUGGGAUAGGGCCGUGGAUGCAGACGGCAAGCAAUGUUCAUUCGGAUUUGCACAAUAUGAUGACGCAGAGAGCUUGGCUACGGCUGUGGAGAUCUUCAAGGAUAUCGAGAUACCCACGAAGAGGCAACCGCCUAGCGAUGGUACGAAGAAGGAAGACUCUGAGGAUGAGAAUAUCGAGAAGAGCAAGCUGUUGGUUUUCGUGGACGACAAUUCGCUCAAAUACCUCGAGAACUAUCAGUCAAACCGUGGAGAUGAUCCUGCGGCAACGCAGGCACGAUUAGAUGCUGCUCGGUCAAGCUUAAAGACUGCACUGGACGAAUUGUUUCACCCUCCUAUGUAUACCAAAAACGAGGAUGGCGAAGACACAACGAUGCAGGAUGCAGAUAAUAGAGACAAUAUCGAAAUUGUCAACAUACCGCUUGCCGUGGACGACGAACUUGCGGAUAUCCCGGCAGAGAUGCGAGAAACCGUCGCUCAAGAGAUUGCUGCUUUCAGAGAUCGCAGUAAUAGGAGGGAUAUGGAACGUCUGAAGCGGGAAGAAGAAAUGGAGGCCUUGGAACGGCAACGAAAUGGCGGUCCUCGACCGUCGAGAUUAGCAUCGCCUGGACCUCAAGGCCCCAACGGUCCAGCAGCUGGCUCCAACAACAUUCCUCUCGGUCCCCGAGGUGUGCCUAAUGCACCUUCUGGACCAAAGCUUCAAGGGAUGCAAAUCCCACGAGACUAUCAAAAAGGCGUUACAUUUGUGAAUGGCGGCACAAAUGGUAAUCAAGUCUGGAUUGACCGCGAGGACGAAGAUGAUUCAGCAUCUGAUUCGGAGCUUGAGAACAGACGAAUCGCCAAGAAACAAGCUGAACAAGAAAAGCAAUACCUAGACCAGGAACGACGCUGGCUGAACCGCGAACGCUCUCGUACUGCAGCUGUCCAACGAGAGAAGGAGCGCGAAGAUGAGGAUGCAGCGAACGCAGAUGCAGAGAAGGAAAAGAUGGCAAAGCGAUUAGCAGAGUGGGAUGAUGACUUGGAAGCAUCAAGAAAGACCAAUGAAUAUUACAGCGACCGCAGCAUGUGGAUUCGGACUCGAGCAACGUUUCGUGCUCGUGAGGCUGCAGCCGAUGAACGGGACCGGGAGGCGGAGAAGAGAGAGCGACAGCGUGACCUGGCAGAUAAAGAGCAAGCUCGCGGGAUGGCAGACUCAUUCCUUGAGCGACAAGCCGAGGAACUGGAGUCCAGACCCUCGAGAAUGGGUGCGCAACAACCGUUCAAGCUCUCUCUUGGCGCGGCGGCACAAAAAGCCCAGAAAGCUGCACCACCCCGGCGUACGGUCGCUGAAGUUGAAGGACUACUGGAAGAUGAAGAGGAUGUCUCUAAGACCUCAAAACGUACACUCAUCCCUAUCAAGUUCGAUCCAUCUACUUCCUCUGCUGCCCUCUCAGAUGAGGAGAGAGAUCAGGCAGUCCGCCAACUUGCGGCAGAGAUUCCUACUGAGAAAGACGGACUCUGGCAAUGGGACGUCAAGUGGGAUUAUGUUGAUGAUGCGAUUAUAGUGGAGAAGUUGCGACCGUUUGUGGAGAAGAAGAUCGUGGAGUAUCUUGGUGUGCAGGAGCAGCUUCUGGUGGAGGUGGUCGAAGACCACGUUAGGGGGCGCAAGAAGCCGGGGGAGCUAGUAGAACUGUUGGAGGGUGCAUUGGACGAGGAAGCAGAAGCCUUAGUCAAGAAAUUAUGGCGUAUGAUAAUCUUCUUUUCCGAGAGUGAGAAGCGGGGUCUAUCAGCAUGA